AUCUUCCACCAGGCUCCAGACCCCAACGUACCUCUGCCCCAGCCCCAAUCCCGACCAAGCUCACGCAGGAGCAGAGCCAUCUGCCUGUCCACUGGCCCUAGGAAGCCUCGCAGCAUCUACACCCCAACACUGUGCCUUGCAGACGCUGACAGUGACACAUUCAGCAGCAGUCCAGGCAGCACCCCCUUGGGAAGCAUGGAGUCCCUCUCCUCUCACUCCUCUGAGCAGAACAGCUCCUCCAAGACCACUGCCACUUCCUCCCACCACCAGCCCAAAGACAAGGCUUCCCAUCCCCCUGGCCUGUGGUUGGGGAUGGGGCAGGGGACGAGCCAGUGGCUGGGGAUGGGGCAGGGGACGAGCCUGGAGCAGGGGAAUGGUCAGGGGACCAGCCUGAAGCAUGGGAUGGGGCAGGGGACCAGCCUGAAGCAGGAGAUGGGUCAGGGGACCAGCCUGGGGCUAGAGAUGGGUCAGGGCCCAACCCUGGGUCUCCGUCGCUCCCCCUCCCAGCUCUCUUCCAACGGGCCAGGGAAGGGAAGCGUCCCAUCCUGCCUCAGCAGCCCAGAGUCUAGCUCCAGGGAAGACGUGGAGACAGGGAGGACAGACGGGGAGUCGGAGGGAGAUGCUCUGAGUCUGUCCUCAACCAGUACCACAGCUACACCCAGGGGGUCCAUCGGCCCGAAGAAAGCCCCCCACUCCCAGACGGAUCUCCGGCCGGUGCCCGUGACCCAACUGACCCAGCUGAACCGCUCAGCUGCCCCCUCUCUGAGGUCACUGUAUAUCUCUGAAGGUAAGAGUCCAACAUAUCUCUUCAAAUGAUCAAAGAUGACAUGUUAGCUGUUCUGAUUAAAUACUGUAACGUGACUCCUUGUAACCUGGCUCCUUGUAACCUGACUUCUUGUAACCUGGCUCCCUGUAACCUGACUCCUUGUAACCUGACUCCUUGUAACCUGGCUCCCUGUAACCUGACUCCUUGUAACCUGACUCCUUGUAACCUGACUCCUUGUAACCUGGCUCCUUGUAACCUGACUCCUUGUAACCUGACUCCUUGUAACCUGGCUCCCUGUAACCUGACUCCUUGUAACCUGACUCCUUGUAACCUGGCUCCCUGUAACAUGACUCCUUGUAACCUGGCUCCUUGUAACCUGACUCCUUGUAACCUGACUCCUUGUAACCUGGCUCCCUGUAACAUGACUCCUUGUAACCUGACUCCUUGUAACCUGACUCCUUGUAACCUGGCUCCCUGUAACAUGACUCCUUGUAACCUGACUCCUUGUAACCUGGCUCCCUGUAACCUGACUCCUUGUAACCUGACUCCCUGUAACCUGACUCCUUGUAACCUGACUCCUUGUAACCUGACUCCUUGUAACCUGACUCCUUGUAACCUGGCUCCCUGUAACCUGACUCCUUGUAACAUGACUCCUUGUAACCUGACUCCUUGUAACCUGACUCCUUGUAACCUGACUCCUUGUAACCUGACUCCUUGUAACCUGGCUCCCUGUAACAUGACUCCUUGUAACCUGACUCCUUGUAACCUGACUCCUUGUAACCUGACUCCUUGUAACCUGACUCCUUGUAACCUGACUCCUUGUAACCUGGCUCCCUGUAACCUGACUCCUUGUAACCUGACUCCUUGUAACCUGACUCCUUGUAACCUGGCUCCUUGUAACCUGGCUCCUUGUAACCUGGCUCCCUGUAACCUGACUCCUUGUAACCUGACUCCUUGUAACCUGGCUCCUUGUAACCUGACUCCUUGUAACCUGACUCCUUGUAACCUGGCCCCCUGUAACCUGACUCCUUGUAACCUGACUCCUUGUAACCUGGAUCCCUGUAACCUGGCUCCCUGUAACCUGGCUCCUUGUAAUCAAAUCAAAUCAAAUUGUAUUUGACACAUACACAUGGUUAGCAGAUGUUAAUGCGAGUGUAGCGAAAUGCUUGUGCUUCUAGUU